AACCCUCGCUGAUUAGACAACUCUUGAGCUUGAAAAAAAAAUCAGUUCCUACGCCUAGGCGGGAGGCUCGCGUACGCAUGUACUUGGCUCGAACCACAUAAAAGAACAGUGGACACAAUACGCUCGCGAUACGCGAUAAGAGGCACCGUGUGUCAGUGGUCUUUGGUUAACAGCUGAAUCAGUUCGGUGUCGCCAUUCGAGGACGACCCAGGCGUUCAUUCGCGAGCAGUGAAUUUUUUUCUCUCGAAAUCAUUCAAAGUUCAAGUGAAUCAUGACUCUGACGUUCGGCGACUGAAGCGAAGGAUCGAGGGCACAAUGUCGCACAGCUAUUAUGGGGCGCAGUAUGUGCCCGGCGCUGGGCUUGGCGCCGCACCCCAAAACAGGAGCUCCGUCUACGAAUACCUCUCGUCACAUCCGCCGCCAAGAGCCGACAAAUACAGGGGUGGUGCUGAUAUACAGAAGAGAAUGACUCAAAGGGAGGACGUUCUCAAGUUCGAGCAGGGCCGCAUCAAGGCCCUGCAGGAGGAACGUCUGCAUAUACAGAAGAAGACGUUCACUAAGUGGAUCAACUCCUUCCUGCUCAAGGCGCGUAUGGAAGUGGACGACCUGUUCACGGACUUGGCAGACGGCAAGAAGCUGCUGAAAUUGCUGGAAAUCAUCUCUGGCGAGCGAUUGGCCAAGCCCAACAAUGGUCGCAUGCGAGUGCACAAAAUCGAAAACGUGAACAAGUCCCUGGCGUUUCUCCACACCAAGGUCCGCUUGGAAAGCAUAGGCGCGGAGGACAUAGUCGACGGGAACCCAAGGUUGAUACUGGGUUUGAUCUGGACCAUCAUCCUCAGGUUCCAGAUCCAGGAGAUCGAGAUCGACGUAGAUGAGGAGAACGAUAGCAGCGAGAAGAAGUCGGCUAAAGACGCCCUGUUGCUGUGGUGUCAGAGGAAGACCAAUGGGUACCCUGGAGUUAAUAUACAGGACUUCACUGGGUCCUGGAGAAGCGGUCUGGGCUUCAACGCCCUCAUACACGCUCAUAGACCAGACCUGGUGGACUGGUCGGAAUUGCAACAGAACAAGCACAUCGAUAAUCUCAACUAUGCCUUCGAUGUCGCCAAUUCGGAGCUCGGAAUUCCGCGGUUGUUGGACGCGGAGGACGUCGACACAGCGCGACCCGACGAGAAGUCCAUCAUCACCUACGUCGCCUCUUACUAUCACACCUUUGCCAGGAUGAAAAACGAAAUCAAGAGUGGUAAAAGAAUUGCAAACAUUGUGGGGCAAAUGAUGGACGCUGAUAAGAUGAAGAUCCACUACGAGAAGCUCACGACCGACCUGCUGGAAUGGAUCAAGAUGAAGAUUAAAGUCCUGGAGAACAGAAACUUUCCCAACUCUUUGGAAGGUAUUCAGCGAGAACUGUUGGCUUUCAAGCAAUACAGGACGGUGGAGAAGCCACCGAAGUACAAGGAACGGUCCGAGAUCGAAGCUUUGUACUUUCACAUAAAUACUCAAUUAAAGUCCUUGAACCAACCCGCCUUUACGCCCCAAGAGGGUCAAUUGGUGCACGACAUUGAGAGGAACUGGGUGGAGCUUGAACGAGCCGAGCAUCGUCGAGAAGUAGCCCUGAGGACUGAGCUCCUGCGACAAGAGAGGCUCGAACAAUUGAACUACAAAUUCGAAAGGAAGAGCGUGCUCAGGGAAGGUUAUCUGAAGGAGAUGAUUCAAGUGUUGACAGACCCAAGAUACGGUAGCAAUUUGGCUCAGGUGGACGCCACGGUGAAGAAACACGAAGCCAUCAGCGCAGACAUCUUAGCGAGAGAAGAACGCUUUCAUGAUUUGACGAAUAUGUCUGAGGAGCUCGUGAGAGAGAACUAUCACGGGCUGGAAAGGGUUCGCACCAGGGAACAGGAAGUACUGCAAAGGUGGAAGGAGCUUCUGGCCCUAUUGGAUCAUCACAAGUCCAACCUAGUAGCUCUAAGUUCCCUUACGAGUCUGAUGAGAGAGAUUGACACCACGUUAGCCUCUAUUCAAGAGCUCCAGCUGUACUUCCAGAGCACUGACGUUGGCCCACAUCUACUGGGAGUCGAAGAUCUCUUGCAGAAGCACAGCUUGCAGGAGCUUCAGGUAACAGCUCUGGGCGAAACCCAGAGAAGACUUGGCAGGCAAGCAGCGCAACAUUUAGCACAACCUCAGAGCAAGGAAGUGCCACUUCUGCAACAGAAACUGGAGAUGCUGAACCGUGCCUACGACGAACUGGUGGAGUACAGCAAGGAACGCAAAGCUCGUCUCGAAGACGCCAGGAAUUUCUUCCACUUCCUCCAAGAUCACGAGGACGAGGAGUCCUGGCUGAUCGAGAAGCAACGAAUCUGCAAGGCUGGAAUCUCCGCCAAGGACCUGCGCGCUGUCAUCUCCCUCCAGCAGAAGCACAAGGCUCUGCAGGACGAGAUGAAGGUACGCAGGCCCAAGUCCGAACAGCUCUGCGACGCUGGCAGGAAGCUGAUCGCUGACAAUCAUCCGUCGUCCCUGGAAAUCCAGAACCGCAUGGACUCCUUGCAAGAGCACUGGAAAGUCUUGGAGGAACUGGCAGCUCUGAGGAAGAAGCAGCUGGACGACGCCGCUGAAGCUUUUCAAUUCUACGCGGAUGCCAACGAGGCGGACUCCUGGAUGAACGAAAAGAUGGCCCUCGUAGCCUCUGAAGAUUACGGUGUGGACGAACCGAGUGCCCAAGCACUUUUGCAAAGACACAAAGACUUGGAGGGAGAGUUAAACGCGUACAAAGGCGAUGUACAGUCAUUGAACAUGCAGGCUGAGAAGCUUAUCAAGUCUGGAAUUUCUACUCUCGAGUUGUCUGCUGAUCCAGAGCCUGUUGCGGAACUGGAACAAGAAGAAUGGAGUAAAGAAGUAAGGUUAGUGCCCCAGGAGGAGUGGGUUGAUGAAGUCGUAGAAAGGAUGGAACCCAGGACAGUCCUCGAGGACGUCCUGGUGCCCCAAGUGAAGAGUCUGUAUCCGUUCAGUGGCCAGGGCAUGCGCAUGGUAAAGGACGAGGUAAUGUUUCUGUUGAACAAAACGAACCCAGACUGGUGGAGCGUGAAGAAGGCUGAUGGCGACGAUGGCUUCGUGCCAGCGAAAUACGUACGCGAAAUAGAGCCUAAGAUGAUACGUGUCCCAGUGAAGAAGUCAGAGAAAGUACGAGUAACACAGAGAGUAAAGAAAACGAAGAUGGUCAAGCAAAUGGUUCCCGUUAGGAGGGUGAAGUCGAUAAAGUCUACCGUGAAACCAAUCAAAAGGAAAACCGCCAGCGACGGGGACAGUGUCGAGAAACGACAGAAGAAGAUCAACGACACAUACGGUGAACUGCAGGAGCUUGCUGUGAAGCGACACGCGUUGCUGGAGGACGCCAUACGACUUUAUGGUUUCUAUCGCGAGUGCGACGACUUCGAGAAAUGGAUCAAAGACAAAGAAAAGAUGCUGAGAGUCGACGAUCCUCGCGACAACGUCGAGACUGCGAAGAGAAAGUACGAGAAGUUCCUCACUGACUUAUCAGCCUCUGGAAAACGAGUCGAAGCCAUAGACUCCGCUGUCGAGGAGUUCGUCAGGCAAGGACACAGUCAGUUGGACAAGGUGAAAGCCAGACAGAGGCAUAUCCAUCAGCUGUGGGACCAUCUGAACUGGCUGAAAGCGCAGAAGGAGAAGAGCCUGGAGGGAGCUUCGAGCGUGGAGUUGUUCAACAGGACGUGCGACGAAGCCCACGACUGGAUGCUGGAGAAGAUUACCCAGUUGGACACUGCGGAACUCGGUCCUGACCUGAAAACGGUGCAGGCUCUGCAGAGACGACAUCAGCAUUUGGAGAGGGAGUUGGCGCCAGUCGAGGAAAAAGUGAGGAAAGUGAAUUUGUUAGCGAACAGCGUGAAGAGUUCCUAUCCUCACGAGCUGAACAACGUGAACGCAAGACAGAACGAGAUCAAAGAACUGUGGAACCAAGUUCAAACGAAAGCUAAGGAACGUAGAUCUAGGUUAGAGGAUGCAGUUGGUCAGCAGAUUUUCAUGAACAGCUCGAAGAACUUGAUCAAUUGGGCCGCGGACGUGCAGGAAACGAUGAAGGUUGAAGAACCUGUCAGGGACGUCGCUACCGCCGAACAACUGAGGAAGCAGCACAUGGAACUGGGAGAAGAAAUAAGGACACGCGAAGACGAGUUCAGGGAAGUCGAAGAACUUGGAAACCAACUGUUACACCGUAAUCCAGCUCUGAUCGAUGUCAGCGAACGAUUAGAUAAAUUGCAUGGUCUGUACCAAUCGGUAACUUCCAAUUGGAUGGCUAAAGAAGCCUGGCUUCAGCAAUGCCUGGAACUGCAACAGUUCAAUCGCGAGGCUGAUCAAAUUGAAGCUACCACCAGCUCUCACGAAGCGUUUUUAGACUUCACCGAUUUAGGGGAAUCUUUGGACGACGUCGAAGCUUUGCUGAAACAACACGAGAAGUUCGACAAUACCCUUCACGCGCAGGAUGACCGAUUGAAAGCUUUCAGCGAUACCGCGGAUAAACUAAUCGCUCAGAACCAUUAUGAUAAAGAUUACAUUAACGAGAGGAGAAACCAAGUAUUGGCACGGCGAAUGGCAGUCAAGGACGCAGCCCAGCGUCGUCGAGCCGCUCUAAAUGCGUCAGAGCACUACCAACAGUUCUCAGCAGAGGUAGACGACCUGAGAGACUGGUUGGGCGACAAAAUGAAGACCGCAUCCGACGAGAGUUACCGUGAUUUGAACAACCUUGAACGGAAGCUUCAGAAGCACGAGGCAUUUGAAAGAGAACUCAGAGCCAACGAAGGGCAACUGAGGGCAGUGAAUAAAGCUGGGAAAGCUUUGAUAUCCGAAGAGAACUAUAGGUCGGACGAUGUGGGUAGAACUCUGAAAGAACUGAAUGAUCAGUGGGAGAGAUUGGUGGCUCUGUCUUUGGAGAAGGGAUGCAGAUUGAGACAGGCUGCCUGUCAACAUGGCUACAAUCGCACGAUGGAGGAUGCUAGGUUGAAGUUGGAGGAAAUAGAGAACUGCUUGCAGAGCAAGCAGGUAGGAGUGGACUUGAGGAGUUGCAAGGAGUUACUGAAGAAGCAUCAGACCCUUGAAAGCGAUAUGUGUCAGUGGGAGCAGAAGGUGAAUGACCUCGUUGCUAUGGGUGAAGAGAUGGCUCACGAAGGGCACUUCGAUGCUGCGAAUGUUUUGAAAACCGGCCAAGCCACGCAAAGAAAGUUCCGCAGCUUAAAGGAGCCUGCUAAAAGAAGGCGAGAAGCGUUGGAAGAAAGUUUACGCUUUCAUAAGUUCGGUUUCGAGCUGGAUGCUGAAUUGCAAUGGAUAAAAGAUCACCUUCCUCAAGCGUCUUCAACUACUCUUGGACAGAAUCUGCAUCAAGCUCAAACCUUGCAUAAGAAGCACAAGAAACUCGAGGCGGAGAUUGCUGGUCACCAACCCAUGAUUGACAAAACUUCAGCUUCUGGGCAGACUUUGAUCGAUCAGGGCCACCCAGAGAAGAAGAAGAUACGAGAGCUGUGCGACGAGCUCGAUGAAGCUUGGAGAGAUUUGCAAGAGAAAGCUGGAGAACGAAGCAAAGCAUUGGACUUGUCUCUAAAAGCACAAGAGUUCUUCUUCGAAGCAGGGGAAGUUGAAAGUUGGCUGAACGAAAAGAACGAUGUUCUUAGCUCCACUGAUUAUGGUAGAGAUCGGGAUGCCGCCACUAAACUUUUGACAAAGCACAAGGCUGUCGAAUUAGAAUUAGACACUUACAAUGGCAUCGUAACAGAAAUGGGACACACGGCUAGCAGUAUGAUCAAUGCUAAACACCCUGAUAGCAAAGCAAUAGCGAACAAGCAACAAGCGAUCGCUCAACAAAUGCGCGCGUUGCAAAGACUGGCCACUGUGAGGCAGCAACGUUUGAUGGAGAGUAUGUACCGCCACGAAUACUUCUUGGAAAGUAGAGAAUUAGAGCAAUGGAUGAAGGAGCAAGAACAGGCUGCUGGGUCGGAAGAUUACGGCCAAGACUACGAACACUUGCUAAUACUGCAAGCAAAGUUCAACGACUUUAAGCAUAGAAUAGAGGCUGGGUCAGAGAGAUUCAAUCAGUGCGAGGAGUUAGCAAGGAAGUUGAUCGCCAAUGAGAGUCCAUACAUUCAGGAUAUCGAGAAACGCCAAGAACAAUUAAGACCAGACGACGACGACCCUGUAAGUCAAGUACGGAAACAGCAUGCUGCUAUGAAGGAGUCUUGGCAACACCUUCUCGGGCUUAUCAGAAAUCGUGAGCAGAGGUUGCAAGCAGCUGGGGAAAUUCAUAGAUUCCACCGUGACGUCGCCGAAGCACUAUCGCGCAUACAAGAAAAGGAAGCAGCUCUGCCAGAAGACCUGGGUCGCGAUCUAAAUUCCGUCCUAGCACUGAUCAGACGCCACGAAGGCUUCGAAAAUGAUCUGGUCGCGUUAGAGGCACAACUUCAAGUUCUGGUCGAAGACGCGUCACGAUUACAGGCUCACUAUCCAGGAAACAACGCAGUGCACAUCGAUCAACAGCAACAAAUUGUCGUUGCUCAUUGGGAGGAACUGAAGGAGAGGUCCGCUCACAGAAGGGACCAGUUGCAAGCAAGUUGCGACUUGCAGCGAUUUUUGACCCAGGUCCGAGAUUUAAUGAAUUGGGCGGCUGGACUCCGCGCUACCAUGUCGACAGAGGACAAAGUGAGAGACGCGGCGAGUGCACAGAUCUUAAAAGCUGAGCAUGAAGCUCUGAAAGGUGAGAUCGAGGCUAGGGAAGACAGUUUUAGUUCAGUUCUCGACCUGGGCGAGGCCAUGGUUCAGACUGGUCAUUACGCUGCCUUGGAGGUAGAAGAGAAGUGCAAUCAGUUGCUCGACGAGAGACAGAAACUCCACACAGCCUGGCAGAAGAAGAAGGUCCACCUCGAUCAGCUGAUAGACCUACAUUUCUUCCUGCGUGACGCCAAGCAACUGGACAAUUUGUCAACGACUCAAGAAGCUGCCCUCAGCGGCGACAACUUCGGAGACUCCGUCGAAGAGGUGGACGCACAAGUCAAGAAACACAACGAAUUCGAGAAGCUACUGGUAACUCAGGAAGAGAAGCUGAUAGCCCUGCAAGAACACGGAGACAAACUCCUCGCGCAAAACCACUUCGAUUCGCCCACGAUAGCGAGAAGAUUGAGCGAAGUCGUACAGAGACGAGCCAGAAUUCGAAAUUUGUGCGAAGCGCGGCGAAACCGGCUGGAGGCAGGUUUGUUGCACGCACAGUUCGUCAGGGAUGUCGCAGAGGCAGAGUCCUGGAUCGGCGAGAAGCAAAAGAAGCUCGAGGCGGAAGCAUCGAAGGGCGAGGUGUCCAGUUUGGAGGACAAGAUCAAGAAGUUGCAAAAGCACCAAGCGUUCCAAGCAGAAUUGGCGGCCAACCAAAGCAGAAUCGAGGAGAUCAAGGCCAAAGGCGAAACGCUACUCGCCCAGAAACACCCAGCAAGCGCAGAGAUUCGUCAGCAAUUGGAGAGUCUGCAUUCUUCCUGGAGGAAAUUGUUGCUGGAAUCUGGAAAUCGAGGCAGAGGCCUAGAAGAGGCACAAGACAUUCUUGAAUUUAACAACCAAGUAGAGAAGAUCGAGGCAUGGAUACGAGAUAAGGAAAUGAUGGUGCAAGCAGCCGAUACUGGAAAGGAUUACGAGCACUGCUUGAGUCUUCAAAGGAAGCUCGACGACGUGGACAGCGACAUGAGGGUGGACGACUCGAGAAUAAAAACGAUUAACGCUUUGGCGGACAAACUUAUCAAACAGGGCAGGGAUAACGAGUCCAAAGCUAUUCAGCAGCGUCGCGACAACUUUAACAAUAAGUGGAAGGGCCUGCAAGGGGCGUUGAGUGCUUACAGAGAAAUGUUGGCAGGGGCACUGGAGAUCCACUUGUUCAACAGGGACAUCGAUGACACGAGCCAGAGAGUCAUCGAAAAGUCUGUAGCCAUGAACACGUCGGACGUGGGUAAGGAUCUACCUGCCGUUGAACACCUGCAGAGAAAGCAGGAGGCCAUGGAACGUGAUAUGACAGCCAUAGAAGGAAAGCUGAAGGAGCACAACGCAGAUGCCAGAGACUUGUCCCUGAAGUACCCAGACAAAGCACCUCAAAUCAAUGGUAUACUGUCCGAAUUGCAGUCCAACUGGGACGAUCUGCAACGUCUUACUCAGCAUCGUCGCGAGGCGUUGAACCAAGCUUAUACUCUGCACAAGUUCCAAGCGGAUCUCCAUGAACUGGAGCUGUGGGUGGCGGAUACCAUCAAACGCAUGGACGAGUCCGAGCCUCCAGCGACGAUAUCCGAAGCUGAGUCUCUGUUGGAGCUCCACCAAGAGCGGAAAGCAGAGAUCGAUGGCAGACAAGACACGUUUAAGGCCUUGAAAGAGCACGGCCAGAAGCUGCUCUCCAUCAACGAAGACGUAAAGGGCAAUCUUCAACACCUGGAGGAGUUCAGACAGGGCUUGAUCAAUGCUUGGGAGAGUCGAAGGCAGAAGUUGACGCAAGCACAUCAAUUGCAAUUAUUCAAGGAACAGGCUGACCAAGCUGAUAGCUGGCUGGCAACGAAGGAAGCAUUCCUCAACAAUGACGACCUCGGCGAGUCCUUGUCCGGCGUCGAGGCGCUGCUACGUAAGCACGAAGAGUUUGAAAAGAUGCUGGUGUCACAAUUGGGUCGAAUCGAGGAGCUGGAGAAGUUUGCUAACGAUAUCUUGUCCGAGGAGCACGCGGAUGCAAAUAUUAUAAGGCAGAGACUAGUGACUGUCUGUGCCCGAAGGGAUAAAUUGCAGAACAGCGCAAGAGCGAGGAGGAAAAAAUUGUUGGAGAGCCAUCAUCUGCAUCAAUUCCUUCGAAACAUAUACGAGGUCGAAGGCUGGUUGCACCAGAAACAACAGGUGGCCAGCGACGAGAACUAUAGGGAUUCGUCGAAUUUGCAGAGCAAGAUCCAGAAGCACGCUGCCUUUGAGAGCGAACUGAUGGCUAAUAAAGGAAGAGUAGCUGCAGUGGUCAACGAAGGCGAGGCACUGAUCGAAGAGAACCAUUACGCUUCGGACAGCAUACAAGAACGCUUGGAAGAACUGGAAGGAGAAUGGCGUCUACUGCAAGAAACCAGCGAGUUGAAGAAGAACAGGUUGAACGAUGCCUACCAAGCUCUGUUAUUUGGCCGCACUUUGGACGAAUUCGAGACGUGGAUGGACGAAGUCGAGACCCAGUUGCAGUCGGAGGACCACGGAAAGGACCUGUCCAGCGUCGCCAAUUUACUGAAGAGACACACCAACUUAGAAAACGACGUUCUAGGGCACAACGAAGCUUGCGAGUCUAUCAAGGACACGGCAACCAGUUUCCAGAAGUCGCAUCAUUUCAUGUGCGACGAGAUACAAGACAGAGCACUGGUCACCAUAAAUAGGUACCAUAGCUUGCAAGAACCGAUGCAGAUAAGGAGGGACAACUUAGAAGACGCGAAGCUGCUGCACCAGUUCGCAAGGGACGUCGAGGAUGAGAUGCACUGGUUGUCAGAGAAAGAACCUUUGGCUGCCAGUAACGACCUGGGCAGUUCGUUGACGACUGUACAGCGAUUGCAGAAGAAACAUCAAUCUCUGGAGGCUGAGCUGAUAUCCAGAGAGCCUGUGGUGUCGUCUUUAGCCAGCAGAGCCACGGUCAUGGUGAGAAGCGGGCACUUCGCGUCGGAGAAGAUCGAGAAACUGUCGCAGGAACUGCAAGAAAAGCUCUCGCAUCUCAGAGACUUGGCAAGUGUGAGGAAAUUGCGGUUGCUCGAUGCUGUCGAGUCGCAGAUGUUCUACGCUGAGGCAGCCGAGAUUGAACAAUGGAUAAAGGAGAAGCAUCCACAGUCUACUUCCACGGAUUACGGAAAGGACGAGGACUCUGUUCAGUCCUUGCUGAAGAAGUUGGAAGAGAUGGAACGCGAUUUGCUUGGUUUCGAAAACACCAUUGCAAAUCUGAGGAAGCUGUCACAUGGACUGACGGAAAGGCACCAUUUCGACAGCAAGAACAUCACGCAUAAGCAAGCAGAGAUCGAGCAGAAGUUCAAGGAGCUGCAGAAGCUAAAAGACUACAGAUUCCAACGGCUGCGAGAGAGCGAGAAGUUCUUCAAGUUCGUCAGACAGGCAGACGAGGUGAUCGAGUGGAUCGGAGACCAAACGACAGUGGCUGCCUCUGAAGACUACGGACGCGACGUGGAACACGUCGAGCUUCUAAUCCAGACUUUCGACAACUUCCUAGCUGGCUUGACAACUAGCGAAAGCCGCGUGUCGGCAGUCCUUGACGAGGGACAGAAGCUGAUAGCGGAGAACAAUCCUGAAAAGAACAAGAUACUAAUGAAAAUCGAGGAAACGAAGCAACAGUGGGAGGAUCUGAAAGAAUUGGCUCACGCGCGACAAGACGCACUGGCAGGUGCGAAACAGGUUCACAUGUUCGAUAGGACUGCCGACGAGACCAUCUCGUGGAUUCAGGAGAAAGAAACUGCUCUCAGUUCCGACGGCUACGGUCACGACUUGGAGACUAUUCAAGCUCUGGUGAGGAAGCACCAAGGAUUCGAAACUGAUCUGGAUGCUGUGAAAGAACAGGUCGAGUUGCUGAUGGACGAAGCCUCCAGGUUGAUCGAGCUGUUCCCAGACGCUCGCAUACACAUAGACGUGAAGCACCAAGAAGCUGAGGCAGCCUGGAACGAGCUCCUAGAGAAGGCUGCUCAGAGACGAAGCAAGCUAUCGCAAGCAGAGCAAUUGCAGUCCUAUCUAGGCGAAUACAGAGACUUGAUGUCCUGGAUAAACGAAAUGGUAGCCAAGGUAACGGCCCCAGAAUUGGCUCGCGACGUGCCUGGCGCGGAAGCGCUGAUAUCCAGACACGACGAGUACAAAGCAGAGAUCGAGACACGCAACGAGGCCUUCGACAAGUUCUACAAGAUCGGUCAGGAGCUGAUAGAGCAGGGCCACUUCUUGUCGAAGGAGAUAGAGGACAAGGUAUCCGUGUUACGUUACAGACAGCAGUUCCUCAAGGACACUUGGGAGCAAAGAAGGCACAUAUACGAGCAGAACCUAGACACGCAGUUGUUCAAGCGAGAAGCAGAGACUUUAGAGAACUGGAUCGUCAGUAGGGAGCCUAUGUUGCACGAUGGGAAGUUUGGCGAGAGCAUCCCGCAGGUGGAGGAGCUGAUAAGGAAGCACGAGGACUUUGAGAAGACCAUCGAAGCGCAAGAGGAGAGGUUCAGCGCCCUCAGACGUAUAACUAUGUUGGAAGAAGCUUUCAGGGAGCAGCAGCAGGCAGAGAUGGCUGCCAGGCAGGCUGAGAAGGAAAGGGUGGAGCGUGCUCGCCUUGAAGAACGAAAGCGCAAGGAGGUGCAAAGGAUAACCGAAGAGAGGAAGCGCGAAGAGGAACGAAGACGACUCCUGGACAGCCCCCAUCGCAGCGUUCACGAUGAAGUCAAUGGCACAACCGAGGAACACGAGUCCAUCAACAAGUUGUCGCCCCUGAAGACCUCUACCACGUCUGAAAGCAUGGACUCGACUCCAACUCAAAAACCACACGGCAUAUCCCAUGUGUUUGGCGAGAAAUUGAGAAGAACGACGCCAGACAUCAAGAGAGCUGAGAGCAUGAAGGUAGAUACGAAGAAACCGAAGAGGACGCCCAGCUUCACGACCAGAAGGAGGACUCAGAGCUUCAGGAAGCUACAGCGAAUGGAAAAUAUGGACGCGCUCCCUCCAGUAGAAAUUCAAGGGUUGCUCGAGAGGAAACACGAGUUGCAAAGUGCUGGAAAAAAGGCAGCCGUGCGUUCGUGGAAGCAGUACUACACGGUACUCUGCGGGCAACUGUUGUGCUUCUUUAAAGAUAUCGAGGACUUCUCGCUGAGCAAAGCAGCCACCGCGCCCAUCACCAUUUUCAACGCCAUAUGCGAGAAAGCUGACGACUACACGAAGAAGAAGAACGUGUUCAGGUUGAAGUGUACAGACGGAUCAGAGUUCCUGUUCCUCGCACCGAGUCAACAAGAGAUGGAAGACUGGGUGAACAAGAUAUCGUUCCACGCCAAGCUGCCUCCCAGCCUGCAACUUCUGAGCUACGACGAGUCGCAGAAAGAGGGCCUGCAGAGGCUGCAAAACGUGUCCGUGGAGCACGCGGAUGACAACGCGUCGACUGGUAGUAGCCACGCGUCGACGCCUGAGCUGGAAAGGAAGAACUCUGUGAUCAGACGAGACGUUCCCAAUUCCUCCAGCAGCGUUCAGAUCGAGUUUCUUCAGAUGCACAGGCAGAACCAACAGAGACGCGAUCCACAGAACAACGCAGAGUUCGUAGUUAAUCAGAGACCAGAGAUGCAUCAAACGCAAACAGAGUUUUUGCAAAUGCAUAGACAGCAACAGUUGAUGGCGCAGCAGCAACAGUUGAUGCAGCAGGAACAGUUGGCGAGUCAGAGGGAGCAGUAUCAACAUAAUUCAGGAGAAAAGCCACCGAUACCACCUAGAGGAGCACCGCCACCUGUUCCUAUGCGUUCACCGAGUUCGGAAGCUUUACCCCAGUACAGACGUGAAGAUGUUGAACAUGUGCAAGGAAGACCUGCCUUCUACCAACAACGUAGUCAGACAUUGAACCAUAACGGGUCUAGUCAGUACUCGACUACUCCCACAUGGCAUAGACAAAGUAGCGGGGACUUAAACUCUCAACAAGAAUUAGCACCUCCCUUGCCAUUGAGUGCCCCUCCACCAAUCAGAAUGGCUCAGUGGAAUGCUUCUCAUGAUCCUGCCUAUGGAAAUGUCUCAGUGAACACUAGACAGGGUUUGCAGCAAAAUAAUUCCUUCACAGGUCGGCCAGUGUCUCUGCCACCGUACGUGGCGCCACCCGCCGUGCCUCAGAACACUCAAAACAUAACAGUGGUUGACGGCAGGAGACCCAGCGAAAGUGGAUCAGAAAGCGAACACAGCAUGGGUAGCAAUCGCAAGGACCGUGAUUACAAACGGAGUUCUGUUUUGAGCAAUCUGUUUGGUAGACGCAAGAAACCUCAAUCGUAACAUGGAACAAUGUAGCAAACGAUAAAUAGUUCCUCUGAAAACGUUAGGAAAAGACAUGUACAUGCUAUCUUUGCUGCACGAUACAUUAACAUCCCUUGUAAAUUAUUUUUAUGUACUAUACAAAUUUUACUCGAAGUAUAAAUUUACUUUAUUAUUCGCGUUGUUUGAUAACGUGGAACACGUCGAGUUCGCCACGCAAGAAAAGACUAUGGACAACUUGAACGAACAGAGUACUUGAUUCUAAUAGUUUAAGAAUCCGCGAGAGUCGGUGACUCUUUGCAAUCGAAUACAGUUAUUUAGUUCUGCAUUAUGCUAUCCAAAUUAACGAUAAAUUAAUAUAUUGGUCACUCGCUUCUCUUUUAUUUUUAUAAAUCAAACAUUAAGAUUGGGAAAUACUUUCGAUGCGUGAUGAUAACUUCUAAGAAGUUUUGUAACAUGUUCAACGCAAGUAUUGUACUCACUGAAAUUUAUAGAGAUAGAUCUAUAAUAUAAAUAAUAAUGAUUUGAUGGAGAUUCUUACAGGAAAGUCCUAAAUUUUAAACAAUCAUUGUGUAAAGUUUGAUUCUUCUGUACGAAAUGAUCCAUUAUGCAAUAUACAGUUUUCAUAAUAACGGAGAAGUAACACAAAAAAUUAUAAGAUAAAGAAAAUUGUUGAUUUAGUGUUAUUAUGAUUGUUAAGUCAUUUGAUGAAUUUUUUUGGAUACAUCAUGAGUAUCAUGAUAUAAGAAAGAAUCACUCCUGACACGCGACGAUUGUUACUGAAAUUAUUUAAAGUGUACCUGACUUUAAGAGGAACGUUGAAAUAUAUGAUGGAGACGACAUGCAAGCGCGUGUGCAACGUAAGGUUUAAGUUGUAGAUGUCAUAAUAUAUGUUGCAAAUAUUAUAUAUUUGAAAAUGUCUGUCCGGGACCAAUAAUCUUAACGUAUUAAAGUACCAGAGAUAUGUACACAUAUCAUAUUUUCUUCAAGGCACACGAGAAAAUGAUAUAUACUUGAAAUUUAACAAUCGUUCUUUUUUUUUAUAACGAAAUAAUAUUACGAUGUGUAAAGUGUAUUUAAUACCGCAUAAAAAAUAUAACUAUUAUAUAAGCUUAUCAAUGCUAUUCUGUAGUUAGAUAGUGCAUCUCCUUUUUGCGCUAAGGAGUCGACAAGAAGAGCUAUACAGAAAAAGUAAAUAAAUAAAGAUUCGAUUAAUUAUAGAGAUUCA